AUGGCUAGCACAAACGAAGUUGAAAGUGAAUUGAUAGCGCUGCAGCAGUUGUUGCGCCCUCAUGAAAUUAUCACCCCCAAUACCCCGACCUACCAACCAAGUAUCCAGACUUGGGCAUGCCAGAAGCAACAAUAUCCGCAAAUUGUUGUUCGGCCAACUAGUAUUGAAUCUUUAAGCCAAGUGAUCUCCCAUCUCUAUCCGACGGACUUGCAAUUCGCCAUCUACGGGCACGGUUUCUCGUCCACAUCCGCCAAGGAUGUUCUUAUCAAUAUGACGGCGUUUGACGAGUUCCAUUUCGACUCUGAUUCCGAGACAGUGACUAUUGGGGCCGGACAGACGUGGGCGGAGGUCUAUCGGAAGUUGGGAGAGGCUGCGCCUGGUUAUGGCAUUGUCGGAGCUCGCACCCCAUGUGUCGGAGUGGCAGGAACCGCCAUGACUGGGGGCUUUUCAUGGCUCUCCUCUGAAUACGGAUGCAUAUCUGAUCCAGCAAACAUGCUCGACGCCCAAGUCGUCAAGUACGAUGGGUCGGUUGUCUGGGCGUCUACAGAGCCUGAGCUACUGUGGGCGCUGCGUGGGGGCGGGGAUAACAAAGCCGUGGUCCAGCUUGUGCUCCGAGUUUUCCAAUACCCGCAGAAUAUCUGGGCUGGACCCAUUUUGAUUCCUCGUGAGCAUCUACAGCAAGUGGCCAAGGGCAUCGCCCAGUUCGUCUCCAAGCCUGUCGACCCCAAGAUCACGAUGUUUCUUUAUGUGGUAAAGAAACGGCUGCUGGAAUUCAUUGGAACGAAACUCGACAUGCUGGUCAUCCAUGCCUUCGACGCGCACGGUGAAGCCCAUGGUCGGGCGACCUUCCAAUGGGCGUUGGAUUUUCCCGGCGCAGUAGAUCAAACCAAAGUGAUGACGCUGGCAGGAGUGGCUGACCUACAAAAUGAGCUGCGUUACGCAAAAGGCACCAUGAAACAGUUCUGGGCACCUAUGCUGCUCCACAAAAUCUCAGAGGACACCAUCAUGAGGACUUUGAAAUGGUAUGAGGAUAUCGAAGCCCUCAAUUCGUCGUUCGCCGAUUGUACUUAUGUUAUCUUUCAAUUACUAAGCACGCGCGACCCAGCAGGCUCGAGAUCAGAAUGUGCCUGGCCACGACCCGCAGGAACAAAACAUCUCCUACUCCUUGGGAUCGGGUGUCCUUCCUAUGCUGGCCCGGAGGAUGAGAACUUGGCGCGGGAACUCGCCAUUCAGGCACCCGAAAGAAUCUUGGCUGGGAAGGAGGAGGUACAUCAUGUCCCAAGUGGCUUCGAGGAUUUCCAUGAUCCAGAGAAGGUAUAUUUCCCGUAA